UGUUCAUCUACCUGCUGCUGCAUACUGCUCUGCUACGUCUUGAUUGGCCGUCUUGGCCGAAAUCCUCUUGAAUGAUUUCAAACCGAACCCGAGUGUUUGGACAAGAAGGAGGAGGUGGGGGUGGGCUGCUAAUUCUGAGCAGGCUGAGUGGAAAGGCUUGAAUCCUCCGUCCGCAAACGCACCACCUCAGCAAAGAAGCUUAUCCGAGGAGCGUUGUUGACGGUGAACGCGUACAGGAGAGCACCAAGUGGACUUUACAAUUGGCUCGUGUUUACGCGACAUUUUUUACCUCAAAUCUGCUUAUUUGAAUUGUUUCGCUUUCUGUUUACCAUCGUUUGAAUGGAGCGAUGUCCAGAGGAGAGGGCGCACAUUGCUAUGGGAAUGUUGAUGGGAACCAGGACCUGAUUGAAAGUACAUGGUAAUUAAUCGAUUUAAAUCAUGUGUUUCCGUUAUUGACGGAAUGUGAGUACGAGCAUUUGUUUUGGAAAUAGGCUGAAGAAAGGGUUUUCCUUUACGAGAUUAGCGAGGGCAUUCAGUUCAUCUACGGGUUGCCAUAGCAUCACAUUAAUAUUUCCUUUUAUUUAUCGGCCUGUUGAAGAGGAGGGCAUAACGAUGCUUUCAUAUUUUGGACAAUGUAUUUUAACACAAUCCCGCAACUGAGGCUCUGUUGAUUUAGUUUUGACAGCACAUUUCCGUUUUUACACGAUCUGAGACUCAGCCAGAGACAGCCAUGGCUAAAAAUCCGUCCGAGGGAGCGAAGGAUGAGGUGAGCCAGAUGACUGACGAGGAGGUGCUUCGGUUCAGCAAAGAGGAGCUGGUCCGGAGAUUAAGGAAGGUUGACGGCGAGAAAAUGAACCUGAUGAUCGAUCAUGGCAACAUGAUGAAAGACAUCAACCGGAGGCUGCAGGUGCACCUGCACGAGAUCCGGAGCCUGAAGGAGAUCAACCAGAAGCUGCAGGACGACAACCAUGAGCUCCGGGAGCUCUGCUGCUUCCUGGACGACGACCGACAGAAGGGCAAGAAACUGUCCCGGGAGUGGCAGCGAUUCGGCCGCUUCACUGCCAGUAACAUGUGGAAGGAGGUGGGCAACUACAUGAUGAAGCUGAAGGAGCUGGAAGCCAACCAGGACACCGUGUUGAGGGAGAACUCUGAGCUGAAGGAGAUCAUCCUCAUGCUGGAUGAGGAGAGGAACGGAGCGGGGUCCAGGAGCUCAAUAGACAGUCAGUCCAGUUUGACCAACCUGAACGGGGGCACCGGCACCGUCAGGGAUGUUGGAGAUGGGAGUAGCACAUCCAGCACAGGAAGUGCUGGGAGCCCAGAUCACCACAAUCACAACCACAUACACAAGCCCGCCACAGAGAGCAGUAAGCUAGGCACCACCAUAAGGAGGUCCAUGGAUGACCUGUCAGCACCGCACCACCACAGGAGCAUCCCAAAUGGACUUAAUGAUUCCUCCACCAACUACAUCAGGCAGCUGGAGUCUAAAGUGCGGAUCCUGGAGGACGAUAACACUAAGCUUCUCUCACAGGCCUAUAGCCGGUAUAGUUUAUCACAGAUACAGACAAAAAAGCAGUGCAACCCAGGUGACCUUCGUGCCCUGAGGAAGGGAAUGACCCUCUACCACUCAGAGUCCCAGCUAUCCUCACUGCCUCAACGCCAGGAUGCCAUGCACAUGGGUACCGGGCGUCUCCCCACCAGUGAGUCCUCUCCCGCCACAGGUUACCUGUCCUGCGCCCAGAAGCCUGAAGCAGUGGUCCAUGCCAUGAAGGUGCUGGAGGUCCACGAGAACUUGGACAAGCAGGUCCCCGAGGACUACGAGGACGACCUCAGUGAGAAAGAGAAGGCCAUUGUGCGAGAGAUGUGCAACGUGGUGUGGAGAAAGCUGGGUGAUGCAGCAGGAUCAAAGCUGUCCAUCAGACAGCACCUCUCUGGGAACCAGUUCAAAGGGCCGCUGUAGCAUGGCAACAGAAAGAGAAUGAGAGAGAGAUUUACAGUACUCACCUGAAAACACCUGCGCCUACACAACCCAUCAUGCCAUGCUCCCCUACUGCCUACAGAACCCAGCAUUCCUCCGACAGACGCUCUCUAUUGACUGGCUCAGAUAGCUACCUGUUAGCUUGUUAUCCACAUGCACAACUGUCUUUAUCUCAGAGCUUAUGAAGCGUCUGCAGCUAGUUUCACCGAUUCUCUUCGUUGAUUUGAAGGCCACACAACGAUCUCUCUCUGUAAAAGCCAUCAACACAAUUUGUUCGUUCUUCAGAGCAUAGCUGUGCUACAUUAAGCUAACGAUAAGACAUGGUUUCAAGCACAGACAAAAAAGUGUCUAGCCAUGGAUGUGAAGGCAACACGAUUGCGGUAUCUUCAGAUACAUUUUGAUAGUACCUCCUUUAGAGACCCCCUAGCUCCUGUCACAUGUAUUGCCCCCCCCCCCCUAGUGGUCAAUGAGUAUAACUAGCAUUAGCAUUCUAAAGUGUUAACUAAUGUGAAACCCACUGUGACCUAGCACCUUGUGCUCAUAAGACAAGUCUAUGGAUAAUAACGUCUAGAGAUCACUGUUAACUUGUGUAUUAUAUGUAUAAAACCAUAGCACUA